GUUUUCUAGACGCAUUGUCUUGGCUGGGAAGUUGGAGUGUUAUCUCCUUUGGGACUUUGUAGACUGUUUACACAUAUCAAUACACUGUUGAUUGUGUUCUUGAUCUUGAUUUCUUUUGAUGAGCUAGAUUCUUGUUCGAAUUACUGUAUUCUUUCCUGCGUAACUCUAUCAUUGGCAUCAGAGCCUCGUCGAAGCCGUGAAUGGUUGGAACGAGGAAGAAAAUGGAGGGAUGAAUAACAGAGAUUGAAAGGAACAUUGACAGAAAUCAUAAGGAAUCAAAUGCGAAGUUCGAGGAAGUGAUAGCGAUAAUGCAGGCUGGCUUCGUGGAGAUUAAGAACCAGAAGACAGAUCGAUCGAGGAGUCGAUCGCAUCAGUCUACUACCUCGCAUCACACUGCUCAUCACCGACAUAUGAAGAACAACGACAAUUCAGAUGAUUCGGAUCAUCACUCCGAUCAUUCUGCAUCGCAUAGUAAUCGCGAUCCACACAGGAAUCACAGUCGUCAUCAUCCGGUAGGUAGAAAAUUUGACCUACCAAUUUCAACGGAAAGGAUGUGUUUGGAUGGUUAGUAAGGAUGAAUCGGUACUUCCGAUUGAACUGUACAGAGGAAGAGGACAAAAUUGAUGUUGCGGUUGUGGCCAUGGAAGACCAAGCUCUGAGUUGGUUCCAAUGGUGGGAGGGACAAGCUCAGCCCCAGAAUUGGGAUACUUUUACUAGUGCUCUAUCCAGACAUUUUCAGCCAAAUAUGGUGCAAGAUCCUUUGGGGCCUCUAUUCAGUUUGAAGCAGAAGGGAACUAUACAGGAGUAUAGAGACCAAUUUGAGACCUCCAUAGCUUCCCAAGGUCACUUAACUGAAGAAGUUCUGAGAGGAUUUUUUCUCAAAGGAUUAAGGAGGGAUAUCAGGGCUGAAUUGAAGUUAUACUCUGCAAGAUCCUUGGCUGAGGUAAUGGAUAAAGCUACUUUAAUUGAAAACAAUAAUAUUGAAUCCAUGUUUGUAAAGAACAGAGAAGAAGGAAGGAAGAGAGGACAUGGCAUGAUGAAUCAGCAGAAUACAAGCCAAAACUAGGGUGAUGGGAGCAGGUGGAAAAGUUACCCUACUACUUCUACAACUGUGAGUAAAUAUUCAGGGGAUAAUAAACUCAUUAAUGAAGAUAAAGGUUAGAAUAUUAAGAGGGAGGGUCCCAGAUUAUCCAAGAGUGAGUUGCUAGACAGGAGUAGAAAAGGAUUGUGUUUCAAAUGUGGGGAACUUUGGGGUAAGGGACACAUCUGCAAAAUGAAGAAUUACAAGAUGAUUUUGGUUGAACAAUCUGAAGGAGAAAAUGAAUCAGAAGGGGAGAUAUUUGAAUCUGAAGAUGAAGGAGAGGAUCCCAGGAAACUUAAAACUAUGCAAUUAUCAGUUUUAAGUAACGAGGGAAUUCCUUCCAUGAAAACUUUUAGAGUGAAAGGAAUGUUGAAGUGGAAAUAUGGGGAGAAAUAUGUCAAUAUACUGAUUGAUUGUGGUGCCACCCACAAUUUCAUGGCAAAGAGUUUAGUGGACAAGUGGAAGAUCCCUUUUACUCCUAUUCAAGGAUAUAAGGUACAAAUAGGGAAUGGAGAUUUUAUCCCUAACAGUGGCAGGUGCAGUGGGGUGAAAUUGGUUGUGCAGGGGACUGUUAUUCAACAACCACACUACAUUUUGGAGUUAGGAGGCGCAAAUGUGGUUCUAGACAUGGAGUGGUUCACUGAACUGGGUAAUAUGGAGGUGAACUUUCAGAAUCAAGUGAUAAAGUGGAGGAAAUAAGGGCAGAACCAUGUGAUAAAAGGGGAAAGAGAUUUGAACAACUUGGAUGCACCCUUAAAAACCAUGCUACACAUUUGAACAACUUGGAUGCACCCUUAAAAACCAUGCUACACAUUUUACAAUAGACAGGGGAUGGCCACUUGAUGUACUAUGAAGGUCAGAUUAGUACAUGAGUACAUGGGGACAUGAUAGAAAGGGAGAAGAAGAUUGGGAAGGCAUCAUUACAGAAUUUCAAGAAGUUUUCACAAUAGCUGCAGUUCCCUCCUAUAAGAAGCUGUGAUCAUGCAAUAUAAACAUCAAAGAAGGAGCAACUAUUCCAAAUUUAAAGCCUACGGGUAUUCAUUUGAUCAGAAAAAUGAAAUAGAGAAAAUCAUUGGUGAAAUGUUAAGUUCUGGAAUCAUUAAGCACAACAACAGUCCCUAUAACAGCCCUAUUUUAUUGGCCAAAAAGAAGGAUGAGGGUUGGAGGUUCUGUGGGGACUAUAGGGCCUUAAAUAAAAUAACUGUGCCUAACAAAUUUCCCAUCCCAGUUAUAGAAGAAUUGCUUGAUGAAUUAGGUGGUACAAUCAUCUUUUCAAAACUGGACCUCAAAUCCGGAUAUCAUCAUAUUAGAAUGAAGGUCAAUUUUGGAGAUUAAAAAUAAUUUUCUUCAAAAAAUGUCAUUGACUUUGGAUGCAGCGAGUUGGCUUCGUGAUUCAAUUGCAGGUCUUCUUCAUGGAAACAAAUGGAUUUAUUCGAGGCACAACAGGCUUUUGAGUAUUAACCUUGCAAGUAAUAAUUUUGGAGAGUUCCUUCGUAUCUCUCAAACCAAGGGACGUCUACUAAUUAUCCCAACCGGCAACAAUUUUUCGGGAUUAUCUGCUUUUUUUAAUAUGCUAGAUAAUACACUUUCAUCAUCAGGGAGAUUUGAUCCAGACCCUCUUACGACCUAUGAGGAGCAAAGCUCGUCUGUAGAUAUCUCUAUCUCAAAGCUUCUUAUUCAGGCUGAUUUGGAAAACCCUAAGGAACAAAAAUUGGAGGAAUGUGAUAUCUUUUCUGGAAAUCACAAGAUCAUUGCCUUUUCAGAACAUUCAGAUAGAUAUUUUUCAGGGGACAAAUUUAUUGGUCAUGCCUCGGAAAGCGACAAGAGACCGCCGAACGUGUUGGUAGAGGACCUUUGGGACGCUGACACAAAUACAAAUAUUUGCAAGAAGGCUCUCCUAAUCACUCAGGAUAAUUGUCUUCCGACCGAUAAUUUAAACACUCAGAUCAAAAUCUAUCAGAAAAGAAAGAAAAAUCGGCGAUUGCAUUCAAUGACCACCAGAUCACAAUCUCGAGGUUUUGGUAUCCAUUGGGAAGAAGAAGAUUGGAGUGGCUCCGAGUAUUAUUAGUCCUUUUUUUUCAUUUUCACUUUGUAUUUUUAUCUAUUUGUUCUUUGCUCUUUUUAUUCCUUCUGUUCUUGUUCUUUUUUCUGUACUUUUUUAUUAUCUAAUAAAAUUUACUUUGCAUUAAAAAAAAGCCUUUAGAA